CUUUUGUGGCGCAUAUCAGCGAUCAAGUUGGGUAUCGAUAGCGACCCGUCUCGCAUGGUAGUAAACAACACUCGAACGCGAUACCAGCAACCACAGGCCGAGCGCUUUUACCACCAAAUACUACACGUCUUGAUUAUUACCGAUACAAACUCAGACAGAAAUAUACCGGAAUUUUUGUUCCCUACGGAUAGAACGACCCGAGUAAGAGUCGUGCUGCAGAAUCCGUCACGAUUGCCGCUCAACAAGCACAACAAACCGCCCCUGGAUUAGAGCACAAUGGCGGCGCAGAAUUCGCCAAUUCCCACCAAGCGCCUUGAGCAGAUCGCCACCGAUGUGUGCAACAGCGUUCUGGAAAAUGUCGAGUACUACGAGCAUCCCAAGACGGCACAAUGGAAUGAGACAAUCAUUAACAAAAUGCUCAAAGCGGUCAUGUCGGAGGCCACGCCCGAGGGCGCCGCUGCGCCAGCCUACAAGUUCGCCAUCAACAGCGUCAUUGUCCAACACGUUGAUGGGGCGGCCAAGAAGGGACAAGCUGGCCGGCGCGGUAUGCACAGCGCAACGGGCGGGUACUGGAACGAGAAGACGGAUGGCAUGUGGAGCUACAAAUGGGACGGCGAAGCAAAGGGGCUGGACGUCGUCAUCAUGCUCAUCUGGAUCGCCGUGUAG